AUGUCUAUUUUCAAACACAUUUCAUUAUUCCACCACUCAAAAAAAUCAACUAAACCAUCAUCACCAGAAUCAUCAUCAAUUGAAGAAUCAUCACCAAGAUCAUCAUCAACUGAUAAAAAACACCGUAAUAUUUUCAAAAAAAUAUUCAAAUUAAAUAAAAGAUCAAAGAAAGCACCAACACCACCACAACAACAACAACAUAAUUUAGUUCAAUCAACUGCACAACAACAACAACAACAACAACAACAACAACAACAACAACAACAACAACAACAACAACCACAACAACCACAACAACCACAACAACAACAACAACAACAUCUUCAUCAUCAACAACAACAUCCUCAACAACAACAACAACAUGAAUUAAAAAAUCUGAUAAAUGAAGAUGUAAUACAAGAAAUGCAAGAAGACAAUAAACAAGAACUUGCUUUAAUCAAAUAUAUUACCCCAUCUAAUGAAGAAAAAGACAUGGAAAACUCAUUCAUAAACAACAGACCAAGAUUUGAAGAACCCACUCAAGAAGAUUUGCAAUUACUUCCCACAAUAUACGCAACAUAUGUUGAAGAUCCGGCAAAAUCUCACGAUGAUGAAUUUACAGGAAAUGCUUUCUAUAGUUUUAAUGAAGAAGUACAUCAUUAUUCAAAUGAACAUUAUUACAAUAAUCAAUUUUUCUCGGAUGAUUGGGAAUACACAGGUUCAAAUGAACCAAGCUUUGAUUAUAAUCGAUUUGAUUUAGACGAUGAUGAAAUUCAAGAUCAACAAGAUCAACAACAACAACAACAACAACAACAACAACAACAACAACAUCAUCAUCAUCAUCAUCAUCAUCAUCAGCAACAGCAUUAUUAUGAUAUAAUGACAGGAGAAUCAAUAAUUCUCGACUGGGGUGAUCUUUUGGACGAAGAGGAAGAUGAAAGUCAAGAUCAACAACAUCAACAACAACAACAACAACAACAACAUCACCAACAACAACAUCAUCACCAACAACAACAUCAUCAUCAUCAGCAACAGCAUUAUUAUGACAUAAUGACAGGAGAAUCAAUAAUUCUCGACUGGGGUGAUGUUUUGGACGAACAGGAAGAUGAAAGUCAAGAUCAACAACAUCAACAACAACAACAACAACAACAACAUCACCAACAACAACAUCAUCACCAACAACAACAUCAUCAUCAUCAGCAACAGCAUUAUUAUGACAUAAUGACAGGAGAAUCAAUAAUUCUCGACUGGGGUGAUCUUUUGGACGAAGAGGAAGAUGAAAGUCAAGAUCAACAACAACAACAACAACAACAACAACAACAUCCUCAACAACAACAACAACAUCAUUAUCAUCAGCAACAGCAUUAUUAUGAUAUAUUAACAGGAGAAUCAAUAAUUCUCGACUGGGGUGAUGUUUUGGACGACGAGGAGGAUGAAAGUCAAGAUCAACAACAUCAACAACAACAACACCAAUUGCAUUAUCAUUCAUUAUCAGGUUCAGUAAUUGUUGAUUUGGAUAAUGUAUUGGACGAAGAGGAUGAUUAUGUAAUGAACACAGCACCUUCAGUUGUCAUGGAAGAAGAGGAAAGGAAAAGUUACAUUAGUUUUAGAAAAUUAAUGAAAAUUGGUCUAAAUAUCAAAAAGAAAAUAGUAGCAGUUAAGGACUACUAUAAAAAAAAUUAUAAAGUUUUAAAAUAUACCAUCAACUUUAUUCAAAGACAAAAUUAUUAA